ACAAUAUGGUACCGAUGUCUUCAUUUUAUAUGCCUACGACAGUUACAGUUUAUAGGAGGGAUCGAUGUAUAAAUAUGCUGAAAUUCUGAUUUUUUAGCACAGUAGUUUGUCACACAUCGUUGUAACGACUUCAAAAAAACACAAGAGAUGCAUUUCUUCUCCUCGUUUGUCCUCCUCGCCAUCUGCGGCUGCCUGGCCAUAGCAGCGGAGAAGCUUGUUGAUCGCCAAGUCGAUCUUCAGGGUCUUCCAGCUCCAGCACUUGGAGAACUCUCUCAAGAAGAUAACAGCGCUGGACUGGUCAGAGAAAAGCGUACUCUAUUCCUUAAGAAGAAAAUUCUCGGGGCUGGACUGCUAGGAUUCGGUCUUGGAAUUGCUAAAGGGUACAAAGCUGGAUAUCACACCGCACCUGAGGUACACCAUGUUUACUUAUCGCCUCCACCUCCUCCGGUGAAGUAUGUUGAAUAUGUGGAAAAACCAGUCUACGUUGAAAGAAUCGUCGAAAAACCUGUACAUGUCGAGUACGAACCUGCGUGGUCUCAGCCUGCCCCAGCCUAUGGGCCCUGGUAAAAUGGACAGUUCUAUCAGCAACCCAGAUGUGAUCAUUACAGAGUACAUUUCAUCAUUCUCCACUUGAGCUGCGUAGCAGAAAAAUGUCAUCGAUAGUAAUGCAAAGUGUUCGCUGUGUUAUAAAUACCUAUAUUAUAGUCUUUAAACACGUUGUUAAAUAAUGCAUUCUUUUAUACCAAAUAAACUUUGAUCGUUAUCCCAAUGAA